CUCAUCUCCACAGUCCAUGUGUGUGCAUACUGCUCGAGCCCAUCUUCAUCCUCACAAUCAACUUGACGGUUUUCUCCCCAUCCGCCUCAAUCCAUUCGAGCUCGUCGACCACCUUUCCCGCCCUCGUUUGUUACCAACGCAGACAACCUCGGUUCCGCUCUCGAAGUUCCAUGACCCCGUUUGAGACAGUACAACGCCUGUCCACCAGCGAAUUUGAUCUAGUGAAUAAGCCGCAAUGCAAGAGAAUCGAUCCUCACCAAUUCCUCCAUAACCCCGACCGGCGAUCAGUUCAUUUUGCCCUUUCCGAGUGGCAAACACGCUCUUGGUGAAGAUUACAGUGCAACUGUCUGAUUCGACAAGACAUCUCGAAGCUGGUCAGGUGCGCGCUGGAGCAUGGUAUAGUGAAACCGAGCGCAAGACGCAAGAACCAGUUCCUUGAUGGCACAAUGAGUUGAGAAGACGUCAGCAAAGAAGACGGAUAGUCGAACAAUUGAACAGUCAGUGCUGUGGGGAGGAGAAGAUCUGACGAACCCUUGUUCCUCGCCCUUCUCUUGUCCCGGUCUUCGAGGCCUCCGAGUACAAUUAGCCCAAGGUCAGACUCAGCUCGGCUGAAAGGGUCAAGAUGGCUAUCUUCGGCAACAAUGUCACCCCUAGCUCCUCAAGGCCUCAGCAACCUGCCCAGCACGCUGACAGCUCUGAUAUCGCGCCCUGGAUGACCCAGUCUACCAACGAUGAGGACGAUAUAGCGCCCUGGGAAAGAGACCCUCAGGCACAGAUCGCAGGCUCUCGCUCAUUAAAUCAGACAUAUUUCAAUGACACACCUGGCCGUGACACACAAAGCUUCUCGGCACGGCCGGAAACUGCUAGGACAAAUACGUCGGAUUAUGACUACGAUGGGAAUGCGAGGCGACCGUCCGCUGCAAGUGCUAUGACGGUCAGUAGCACAGGCUCGAGAAGUAGCGCUGCAAAUGGACGGUACCAUAAAAGCUUGAAGGGAUUCUUUGGCGAAGACCCGACAGAGACACGAAAGGGGUCAACAACAACCUUGCAAGAGACAGGAUCACAAGGCAUGGCAUCGGAGAGGCCUGCUCAGCGGAGCAACUCAGUGCAGACACAGAACAAUGUGGAGGAACGACCCAAAACCCCUGCACCACCUCCUUCCAGCGAUGUUACCCCUUGGGCCUACCAAAAUUUUGAAGACGUUUCCAAUUUUGGUUCGGCGCCCAUACGGCAAGAGCUACCGCCGGAAUCCCCCAUGCCGACCUCUACGAGUUCCUCGCAUCGGCGCGGUCUCCUACAUCGCCAUACACGGAGCAAGGAAGAUCCUCCAAAAGGUCAACAAGCCUCGACGUCAAUCCCAGCCAGACCUGCCACGAGCCGCGAGUCAUCAACGAGCAAUUUAGGACACUUCCGGAACACGCCUCAAAACGGAACACCGAUGAGCUCAUCUUCCACAUUGACGCGGACUGCAAGCCCGGCUCCUCUGUCUCGUAAAGAAGGGUCCGGCCAGUCGGAAAAGAGAUCGAUAUUCCACAAACUGAAGUCUCGUCACAAAGACAAACAAGCACCGCAGCCAGAACCUAGUCGAAGCCAUGUCGAACUUACAAAACCGCCGGAGGAACCGAAAAAGGGUAGAGCGCCGUCAACGCGCGUCGCAACCUUGGAUCAGAUUGACAAUAAGAGAGACAGGGAGACAAGCAUUGCUUCGGUUGACAGUGCCUCGACAAUCAAGCCCGCUGAUCCUUCACCCAAGCUCGACCGCGCAUACACAAACUCGUCCAAAUCUAGCAGGUUCACCCGUCACGGCAGACACCGUGUGACCAGCCAUGCCAGUGAGACGUCGGAGAAAGUUCGAGCCCCAGCCCAGCAAGCACCUAUGCAAGCCGGCGUAUUCAGCCUAGAUACCAAUUUCGAUGAUAUGUCAGACAUUAUCACACAGCCUCAACUACCUAAAGCACCUGCAGAUGGGGGAGUUUGGAUGGGCAAGGCUGCCGCGACACCAGCUACAGAACAAUCAGCUCCGGCUUGGGAUGCACCUGAUAGCUGGGCGGUCAAAGGUCAAGAGGACGAAGUACUCGACCGUUUGCCGGAAGCCAACGAAGAUGGGCUCCCUGCUAUUCAGGAAGAAGACGGCAUUUCAUACUUCAUGCGUGUCUUCAGAUCUGAUGGCACGUUUGCAACCUUGUCCAUGUCUAUAAACGCGACGGUUGGAGAGGUACUGCAGUCUCUUGCGAAGAAGUCUGUUCUGCACGACUCUAUCGACAACUAUCACCUGCUGAUGCGCAAACAUCAAUUGUCCAGGCAGCUGGGAACGGGAGAACGACCUGUGGCCAUGCAAAAGAAACUCCUACAGUUGGCAGGCUAUGAUGAGCGUGAUCACAUCGAGGAUGUUGGCCGAGAAGACAACAGCUAUCUCAUUCGAUUCACGUUCACUCAUGAAAAACAGACCGGGUUUGGAAGUGGUCUUGACAACGAUCCUACAUUCAACAAGAUGCAAAAGUUCAGCCACGUCGAUCUACAGGCAAAGUCGUUGGUGACUAUACCCAUCAUCCUAUACACAAAGGCCGCCGAGAUUAUCUCAAUCAAUUUGUCCCGCAAUCUUGCGCUCAAGGUGCCGAAAGAUUUCAUUACAGCCUGCAUCAACCUCCGGGAGAUCAAGUUCACCGGCAAUGAAGCCUGGAGACUCCCACCCAGUCUGGCCUGGGCAAGCCGAUUGACCGUGCUCGAUGUGUCCAACAACCGGCUUGAGCAAUUAGAUCAGGCAGAACUGCACAGACUGAUGGCUCUGGUCAGCCUCAAGCUGGCAAACAACAGGUUAUCUCAACUACCGCCUUCAUUCUCUCACUUUCGUCAACUUCGCAGUCUCAAUCUAUCGUCCAACAAUUUUACCAUCUUCCCUGAACAUAUCUGCAACCUAAGAUCUCUGGUCGACCUCGACAUAAGUUUUAAUAAAUUAUCCUCUCUGCCCAAAAUCUCCCAGUUGACGACGUUGGAGCGGCUGUGGGUGACCAACAAUGAUUUGAAAGGCGCUUUCAACGAAAGCUUUGCCGGUUUGACAAACCUGAAAGAAAUCGACGCGCGGUUCAAUGGCAUCACAAACAUUGACAAUGUCGCCAGACUUCCAAACCUGGAACAACUGCUAGUCGGACACAACAACAUCACUACAUUUAAAGGCACUUUUCCGAAACUCCGUAUCCUAGUCCUUGACCACUGUCCUGUCACCUCAUUCGAACUUGACCAACCAGUCCCAACGCUGAUGAGCCUUAACAUAGCCUCCGCGAAACUCGUUGAGUUCAAGGAAACCAUGUUUGGCUUCAUGCCGAAUCUGCAGAAGCUGAACCUGGACAAGAAUCAUCUGUCAAGUAUGUCCCCGCAGAUCGGACGACUGUCGAAGCUAGAGUUUCUCAGCAUGGCCAAAAAUCCUUUGAAUGUUGUACCACCGUCCAUUGGAAGUCUCUUAGAGCUGAAGUUCCUGAACCUCAGAGAAUGUAACGUUAAGAGUUUGCCCCCAGAGAUCUGGUAUUGCCGGAAGCUGGAAACUCUCAAUCUUUCCUCUAACGUUCUCGAGGUCUUUCCCAAACAGAAUGCAGCUCCACCUCCCAGCGAUCUCGAAAAGAACGCUUCUGUCACGACUCCAGGUAUUUCCGGCUCUCCGAGCUUUGAAGAUCUCGGGAAACUUGAAGAUUUCCAGGCCCGUCGGCCCAGUCAAGCCUCAGCUGGGAUGAUGAGCAUCGGCAGUUCCCCAGGUAGCGGCCGGAAGAAUUCAGUGACUUCGAUCCCUACCUACCAGAAUUACCGUAAGGCGUCGGUCAUCUCCAGAACCAAUACCGAGUAUUCCCUCAGCACCACGACCCGGAAAGACUCCAACAUAUCGCAAGCCAGACUUCAGCAUACAUUUGCUGGGUCUCUUCGAUAUCUCUACAUGGCGGACAAUCGACUUGAAGAUGACGUGUUCCGUGAGCUGGCUCUUUUGCCAGAACUGCGGGUCCUGAACCUAUCCUACAAUGAACUUGACGACUUUCCGCAAGGCAUUCUCCGUCGUUGGCCGCAGCUGAGCGAGCUCUAUGUCUCUGGUAAUCAGCUCACGUCACUUCCUUCGGACGACCUGGAAGAGAGCAGUAAUUUGAGAGUGCUGCACCUGAAUGGAAAUCGUUUCCAAGUUUUGCCUGCCGAACUUUGCAAUGUGCAUAAACUGUCUACUCUGGAUGUCGGAAGCAACUCGCUGAAGUACAAUGUCUCAAACUGGCCGUACGACUGGAAUUGGAACAGAAACACCAACCUGAAAUAUCUGAAUUUCUCAGCUAACAAACGCCUGGAAAUCAAGCCUGCUGCGCACCAAAAUCAGUCACAGUUCAAUGCUAUGAACCGCAAUAAUGACACGACUGACCUGACAAGUUUCAACACACUAAAAUACCUCCGAAUCUUAGGGCUGAUGGAUGUGACAUUGCUCACAAACACGAUCCCGGACGACAAUGAAGAUCGGCGUGUCCGAACAUCAGCGUCGCUGGUUGGAACAUUGAUGUACGGUAUGGCAGACACGCUUGGUAAGAACGAGCAUCUUUCAACUCUGGAUCUUCUCAAGCCAAACUUCCGGGGCCAUGAUGGCGAGAUUCUUAUUGGUAUGUUUGACGGUCAGACCAUGUCGAGUGGUGGUUCUAGAAUUGCGAAAUAUUUGCACGAGAAUUUUGCAGCGGUCUUUUAUGAAGAGAUCAAGAAAGCCGAAUUAGCGAAUGACACGCCAAUCGAUGCACUCCGAAGAACUUUCCUCGCUAUCAAUAAAGACAUGGCCAAUUUUGCGAGCAGCAACUACGAUACCAAAGAACACAGGUUGAUUAACGGACACCGCGGUUCUACGGUUGCGAAUAUCCUUGGGCCGGAUGAUCUGACGUCUGGCGGUGUGGCUACGGUGUUGUAUAUUAAUGGUCAAGACCUCCACGUGGCCAAUGUCGGCGACAUUGAAGCAAUCCUGAUCCAGUCCAAUGGCCAACAUCGCCAACUGACUAGGAAGCACGACCCGGCUGAACCAAGUGAACGCGAAAGAAUCCGGGAAGCCGGUGGCUAUGUCUCUCGUCAGGGUAAACUUAACGAGACUCUUGAAGUCAGCAGGGCUUUUGGUUACUACGGCCACAUGCCGUCGGUCGUCGCUGCGCCGCACACGUUCAAGUGCCAGGUCAACGACUCGGAUGAGCUAAUCGUCAUGGCUAGCAAAGAAUUCUGGGACUAUGUCACUGUCGAUGUGGCGGUUGACGCAGCUCGAGCAGAGAAGAACGAUCUGAUGCUCGCUGCACAGAAACUUCGAGACCUUGCAAUGGCCUUUGGUGCUAGAGACAAGAUCAUGGUCAUGGUGCUCGGUAUCUCCGACCUUCGAAAGAGAGGAAAUCACCGCUUUCGUGGUACCAGCCUGUCCAUGGCAAAAGAGUUAGGCCUCGAGGAAGGUGCCAUCUUUCCCAGUUCUCGAAAAGCCAGACGGAAAGGUGAAACACUUGUCGGUGACUCCCGGCUUGCCCGGUUGGAAGAACCACAACCUCCUGUCGGAGAAGUUGCCAUUGUCUUCACCGAUAUCAAGAACUCGACUGCUCUGUGGGAGGUCCUGCCUGUUCCCAUGCGGUCUGCCAUCAUGAUGCACAAUGAAUUGAUGCGACGACAGCUUCGAAUCAUCGGUGGCUAUGAAGUCAAGACCGAAGGCGAUGCUUUCAUGGUUUCUUUCCCGACGGUUACGUCGGCGCUGUUGUGGUCGUUCAGUUGUCAAAGUCAUCUGUUGGAGCUGCCAUGGCCGCAAGAGAUCCUUGAGACCGUCCAUUGCCAGGAAAAGCUCGACUCUGAUCAGAACAUCAUCUACCGCGGUCUUUCGGUGAGAAUGGGCAUACAUUGGGGUCAACCGGUGUGCGAUUUGGAUCCAAUCACUCGAAGAAUGGACUAUUUUGGUCCAAUGGUCAACAAAGCCGCUCGAGUAUCUGCCGUCGCAGACGGCGGGCAGAUUGCUGUUAGCAGUGAUUUUAUUACAGAGGUGCAGCGGACAUUGGAGGCAUAUGCCGAUGACGAUCGACGAGAUUCUGUUGGUUCGGACGACACUGUGAACGAUGAUCCACUGUCAAGCCAGAUCCGCCGCGAGUUGCGCCAAUUGAGCAGUCAAGGAUUCGAGGUCAAAGACCUUGGAGAGACCAAGCUGAAAGGUCUCGAAAACCCCGAGUUUCUGUACUUGAUGUAUCCACACUCCUUGGCAGGUCGAUUGUCCAUUCCACCUGGCGCGGAGAGUAAGGUACAACUUGGGGGAGAUGCACCUGCCGCUGGUGACGAGAAGGCACAACCCGGAGCCUUAGGCAAAGACAGCCUGCUCAAGGACUUACACCUAGACGAGGUGUGGAAGCUCUGGGACGUUGCUUUAAGACUGGAGAUGCUGUGCAGUUGUCUUGAAGCUCCAGAACGUGCCGUUGGAUUGCACAAGCCCGAGCUCAGCCUUCUUACUAGAAUGAAGGAGCGUGGCGGUGUACAGACCGAUGGCUUCAUGAUGAAUUUGCUGGAGCAUCAGGUCACGAGAGUAGAGGCAUGUGCGACGACCCUCCAGCUUCGCCACAUGUUACAGCCUUUCAAGCAAGGGGUGCCACUUGUUGAUCAAGCGAGGCCCAUUGCGGAAAUAUUGAAAGAAGUCUCCUCUAUCCUUGCUGAUGCCAGGGCGGGUAUGGAUGGGAUUGCAACACCGGACACAGAGACAGAUUCUGAAUGAGGAAGUUUGCUUGCUUCAUUCGGCAGGCCAGUAUCUUGUGCAACGUCUUCAACGAGACGUAUACUUGACGGAGAUACAGGCAACGCAAACUGCAGGCAACAGCAUUAAUAGGGUUGGACAAAGAGCGGGAUUAUUUGGCAUUGGGUCCGGAUUUUUGAAUGAACGAACGGAUGGUUUUGACGAACAGGUUUCAUUUGGGCUAUCGAGAAGAGUCAUACGGAUCUUCAAUCGGGCGUUGAUAUAACGCAAAGCGAGCCGGAUCGUCAAUGGGAAAUGCAGAGGGACGCCUUCACGAAAAUGAAUGUCUUUGAAGCAAUGCACUUUUGCUUGGUAUCGUAGUCUGGGCAUUAUUCACAGGAGGACACACGAAUAGGUCUCCAAGGUAUAUCACUUCUGGGUGGAGGAGGUUUUAGUAGAUAUUCAAACAUGAUACAGGCGGUUAUGAGACUUCAUGUUGGGUUCUUUCGUUUUGGAUCAGAUUCAGCCUCGAGUUUCCACAUUCAACUACAAGUAUUUAUUACAG